AUGGCAAGCGCCUCCAAUCCUAUCGCUUCGCGGCUUCGCCGUCGAAUACCGCCUCAUCGCGCGAGUAAUACUGCAGCAACCAACUCGGCUUCCACUACAUCUCAUGGCCGCGUGACACGACACUCGAUUGCACAGACAUUUCAGAACCACAAAACGGGAGAAGAGGGGGGCGGAGACGACGUUUCAGUGGAUGACGAUGAAGUUUUGGACGAGGAUGACGAGGGAAAUGACGUCGAACUCUCUCCUGAUAGACGAUCCAUGAAAAGACCACAUACAGACGUCACUUGUGAGUCUGGCAACCCACCGAAACGUCGACAGUUGCGAAGCAGGACUGCAGGGCUCUCUGAUGGACUGCAGUGUGAAGGCAGAGCCUACCUGUCGCCCUCCUCAGACGGAGCAUCCCAGAGACGUAGGGGGGCGGCAACCUCUUCCAGAAGAAGCAGCCGGGAGAAGAAACAGAGCCCGAUGAAGAAAGUACCAGUAGAGAUACAUAAUGACGCUGGAAGCAAAGCCCGGAAAACCAAGGCCACAAAAGAACUGCUGGCGCCGGAUGCGACAACGAUACAGUCGCCGCCCUGGAUUACACUACCAUACAUGAUUUUGUGCCGCAUCUUCACAUUUGUCUCAGAGGGCCUCGAUGACGUAGACUUGGUGCGUCAGUUCGUGGCAGCCAGUCGGACGUGUCGUGCGUUCGCUGAGCCGGUGUUGACAGCCUUGUACGAGUGCCCACCUCUGUUGAGCAUGAAUAUGGCACACUCACUUGUCGACCUUCUGGACCGGUCCCCGUCGACCACUACUUUUGAUUACCGGCGUAAGGUGAAAGUUCUUCGCAUUGAAGUGGGCUCUCUCGCCAGCCGGGUAUACAAAGGACGCCACCUAGACAUAUCAAGACUGGUGUCGCAUUGUCCUCGACUGGUUGACCUGCAGCUUCACAGCUACAAAGAUUUGCCUCCAUACCGGCAGCAAUCGGAAAACCUCCGGUGGGAGUAUCCUCGGAGCCUUUUCGAGGCCAUGGGUGCUCUCCCGAGAGGUUCCAGGGGCGAGUCUACAGCUCCGGUUAUCCGGUUGAGGAGCUGGUGUUGGAACCAGAGAAUGAUGGGCAAAGACUUGUCGCUUGAAAGCAUCAGCGGCCUCCACCUGUCGCCAUCUUUUGCAAGCCUGCGUAGAAUCCGUUUUGUCAACUAUCAACGCCCGUCGUCGCAUGCGAAAGACGCCGAAGAUCCCCAGGCAAUGGCAGAAGACAUGAAGCAGGCUGAGACGGUUGCUGGACUGUUGAGCGCUCUUCCCAAUCUUGUCCAUCUUGCUGUGGAAUCGUCAACCAUUGCAAACGAGCAUCUUCUUCCGCUGCUGCCGAAAGGCCUGCAAAGUCUGGAAUUAGUCAACUGUGGGGACAUCACAGCUGCCUAUUUUUCAGAGUAUCUAUUAACGCAUGGGCAACAAUUGCGCUACUUGACCCUGCACCAUAACCAGGGUCUCAGUCUAGCCUUUCUUCCUAUUCUGGGCGAUGCUUGUCCUGGCCUUGUCAGCCUGCAAAUGAACCUGACCUAUUACAAUCAGCAUGCUUUCUAUCACGAUUCUAACCCCCUUUAUGACAGCCUCCUAUUGGAUAGCCAGGUUCCAAUAUGGCCUCCAAGCAUCGAGGUAAUCGAGCUGGAGCACUUGCGCAAAUGGGAGCCGUCUGCUGCUGAGGUGUUCUUUCGGUCACUGGUUGACAGGGCACCACAGAUGCCCAUGUUGCGGGUAUUGGCCAUAAAAGCAAUGCUGAAUAUUCCCUGGCGGAUGCGAUGUGAGAUGCGCGACCGGUGGGAGGUUACUCUAGACCGGGUCUUUAAGCGCCACAUCACAAUGCCUGAGCCGGCUGAUUCACUGCAAUACUACCAAAAUAAAGCCGAGUCCCUAAAGGCACCAUCCAAAGCAAAGCCUCUUCAGAAAGAUUUCGAAUCGGUUCCGCAGAGACGGAGCCAUCGCAUUGCUAUUCACGCGUCAAGCUCGUCGUCGCGUGCCAGCAGUGCGGCCAGAGGGCUGAGAAGGAGAGGAUUAUUCUCGUACCGCGAACCCGACAGCGAAGAAGACAUUGAUUUCAGUCAAGAUGAUGAGCAAGACGAUGAAGGGGAACACACUGAUGGCCAAGAUGACAAUGCAAGAGGUGGAGGCACCGGUGCAGGCAACACAUACAGAUCACCUGAUCACCUAUUUAUCCACGGGAUGUGCGAUGUGGUGGAUAUUCGCAUCGACAAUCAGAAGCCAACAGAACACCAGUAUAAUAUGGGUGACUUUCUCGAUGGUACUGACCCCUCUUCAGAUAAUGAGUGGACGGGAGAUGAGGAUGAGGACUUCGAAUAUGCCUGGUAG